AUAACUAGGGUUUUUCAAUUUUUAGGUUAAGAAAAUGUCAAAAAAACAAAUACUGAGCGAAUAUAAGAAAAAUGUCUUAAUUUUAAGGAAAAAAGCCAAAAAUCUAGGUUUAAGUAGCAAUGAAAUCGAAAACCUUUUCAAACAAUCAUUUACCGAAUUAAGAAAUGAGUUGGAUAAUUCACGAAACGUAUCAGAAUCCAACAAAACACUCAGAAGCUGUACUAAUUUUAGAAACUUAUUCGUACUUUUAACAAUAUUUUUAAUUUUUAUUUACGUUUUAUUAAAUGUGCACCAACCCACUUCCAGUAUCGUACUGAGGAACGUUCAAGGGCUGACAUACCCAACUUUAAAGUUAGUAAGAUUUUUAUCCGUUCCCAUAAUCAAGUUAUUUCCAAGAUUAACAGAUUUAUACGAUGAAACGUGCCUAAUAGAAAAUCCUUACUUCUAUGUAUCCGAUAUGGAAUGUUGGCCUUGCGAAAACGUUUUCACUGUUCUCAAUUUAACAAAAGUGGAAAAAAGUUUAUUGAAAUCCGGUUAUGGAACUCCAUUUAUCACAAAGUCAAAUCAACAACUAGUAACACUGGAAACAAUGCGAGAGCUCUACGAACAGAACAAGUACCUUUUAAAUUCUGAAACCAAAAGACUGGAAUCAACAAACUCAUCAUACACCACCCUAGAAUCAUUAUUCGAAAACAACGAGAGCUUCCCUUCUAACACACAUAUCUCGUGGCGCGUCACCAAAAUGGCCACAGCUCGCGUCGUUCGACAAGUCUUCCCCAAGCCAUUUUUUCUUCCAGAUAGGUCUGGACAGAGCGUAGAAAGAUUCGUGAUAAUAGACGGUCCCGAAGCGGAUCCGUACGCACUGCCCAGCACCGAAUGUAGCUACGUUUUCGCCAUACAGGGAUCGGGCGAACGAAGCAUUGUAUUGAAACCUUCCAAAGAAUGCAGUAAUAAUUGCAGAACGAUUUCUGUCGUUUUGAAACCUUCUUAUAUUCUGUGGUACAAUUGGUGGUAUUGGCGACCGAUUAGUCUUCCUUCUACGAAUUCUAGUGAGCCUUCUGUAACUUACAUUAACUCCUAUUGCUGAUAUUUUUUACUCAAUUAAUUUACUAAUAUCAGUAAUUUAACGUUUAAUUAACCAUUACUAGGAUCUUAUAUGCUUUAAUUUUAAGAGUUUUAUUUAUUUAUUCAAUAAAAUCGUAGAGUUCUACGAAUUCGAAUCGAUUGUAUUUACAAACGUUAAUUUUAC